AUGUGGACCACCUCCGUCCGUUUAUUCUCCUUGGAUCUUUGUAUCCAACGCACUUUCCGAGUCGUGGAGGAAGGGCGACGGUUCUUACAGACAUCAAGUGGGGCACCUCCUGCAUCUCGGCCUCCGAGAUCGUUUAACGAAUCGACGGUCAAGCCGUUCUCAGCAUUUCUCACAGACCGAUUUCAUCGCCAGCAUGAUUAUCUGCGGAUCAGCGUCACAGAACGGUGCAAUUUGCGAUGUUUGUACUGUAUGCCCGAGGAAGGCAUCGAGCUGUCACCACCACCUCAGCUGUUGACCACUCCAGAAAUACUUUACCUAUCAUCACUUUUUGUCUCCCAGGGCGUCAAAAAGAUUCGUCUUACUGGUGGUGAGCCUACCGUCCGGAAGGAUAUUGUACCGUUGAUGCAAGGAAUUGGCCAGCUACGGCAAAACGGGCUCCGUGAGCUUUGUUUGACUACAAAUGGCAUCUCACUACACCGGAAGCUAGACAAAAUGGUAGAAGCAGGUCUGACUGGUGUAAAUUUGAGCUUGGAUACCCUGGAUCCCUUUCAGUUCCAGAUCAUGACACGCCGGAGUGGGUUUGAGGCUGUGAUGAAGAGUAUCGAUCGCAUACUGGAAAUGAACCGACUUGGUGCCGGAAUUAAGCUCAAGAUAAACUGCGUCGUAAUGCGCGGAUUAAACGACCGUGAGAUUAUCCCAUUCGUCGAAAUGGGUCGUGAGCUGCCUAUUGAGGUCCGCUUUAUCGAAUAUAUGCCGUUUGGUGGGAAUAAGUGGAACCGAGAAAAGAUGUUCUCAUACGAAGAGAUGCUCGCAGUUAUCAGAAGUGAAUAUCCGGAACUGAUGAAGAUCGCUGAUCAUGAAAAUGAUACUAGCAAGACAUAUAAGAUUCCGGAAUUUGAAGGUCGUAUUGGCUUUAUUACGAGCAUGACGCACAAUUUCUGCGGCACCUGCAAUCGACUCCGCAUCACCAGUGACGGAAACUUAAAGGUUUGUCUUUUCGGCAACUCAGAGGUAUCACUACGGGAUAUCAUACGCAAAGAAAAUGACGGGCUACCAAUUGACAAUGAUGCCCUGAAAAAAUUUAGCUUUCUAGAGAACACGUCUCGUCUUGAUGGCAGUGGGGUACCGAUCUAUGAAAGGGAACGCGAGAUUUUAAAUAUAAUCGGUAUGGCUGUGAAGCGCAAAAAGGCAAAACACGCCGGCAUGGAUGAGCUGAAGAAUAUGAAGAACCGCCCUAUGAUUCUUAUUGGUGGAUAG